UUCAAAAAAACAGGGGAAGCAAAAACACACUGUUCUUUCUUCAAGUUUCAAAGCAUUUCAAACCUUUACGAAUCUCCAAUCCCCACCAAUUUAUACCCAGUUUUGUCUCUCGUCAUGGAUCUUCGUUCCAAUUCAUUUCCAGGCAAAACGCUGUCUUUGAAACCGAAAACUAGCCACUGGAUUGCCGAAACACGGAAGCAUAACUCCAAGGAUCAUCCCAUUCGCAGUCAAAAGCGAGUUUUCGGCACCACUCGAACCACAAAUGUUCUAGUAAAACCUGCAAUCGAGAAGCUUGUGAAGAAACCACCAACUGGGCUUUCCGAAAAACAAUGUGAUUCAUCCGAAGCAACCCUGUCAGCAUCCAACAAUGCAGUAAUUCCUGCAACUGAGAGCGAUCAGAGGAAAUCCCCUGAAGAGAGUCAAGCAGAAAAUCCCGCUGGCGAUAAUUUUGAAAAGAAACCCCCUGACAAUGCCAAAGCAAUUGCUCCCAUCACCGAGGUUGAUGAAAAGAAAUCGCCCCUUAAAAUGCCCAUGGCUAAACCUGUAGAAACAGAGUCCGCAGGUAAAAUCGGCAGUCAGACUCCCCGGACCAAGGCAGGAGAAGAGAAAUUCCCUGUUGAAGCCAGAGAAGUUAUCGCCACGACCGAGGGAGGCGAAAACAAAUCGUUUCGUAAAAUUACAGGCACAAAUCCUAAGGCUGAUGUCGCCGGAAAACGAUCCCUUGACAAGCCGACGAAGGCGGUUCCGAGAACAGACGCUGCCGAUGAGAAAUCUGUAAGGCAGACUGGUGGCAGAAGCACAAGGGUUGAGGCAGGGGAGAAGGUAUCUGUCGCUUAUACUGGAGAGAGAGUUAAUAUGGAUGAGGCUUCAGAAGGACAAAAAUCGCCCAAAAAAAGCAGAGGACUAACUCAAACAAAUGAUGAUGCAUCUGAACAGAAGUCCCCUGAUAAGGGCAGAGGCACAAUCUCAAAGAAAUCUCCUGAAAAGCCCACAGCCAGAUUGAGAAAGAAAAGUGUUUGUUUCCCUGAAAAAGCUGCACGAAAUCGCUCCAAGAACUCGCAGGAGGAAGACAAGGUCGUGCCCAGAACUCCAGUACAAUCUCCUUGUACAAGGAAGGGUAGGAACUCAAGCACACCGUACCACAGUGCAGAGAGAUGCAGCAAAUGCCGGUUCGAUAAGCUCGAGACUUCAUCAUAUUGGCUCGUGCAGAUUAAAUUGGCAGAAACCGGGGGCAAACAUUUCGCUUCAGCAGCAUUCUUCCGACUCGCCUUCGAAUCCAAAGCCGAGCCAAUUCACAAUCUUCGGAUCGAGCUGAAACGGUACCUGGGACGGCACCAGUACUUAUCUGCAGCGAGGGAGUGGAGAGAGGUUUCUGUGAGCUAUGGGCUGGUGAAAGAAGAGUGCAGUGAAGGAAAAGGUGGCCGGAGCAAGACCAGCGGCAGUGAUUUUGGUGAAGAGGAGGAAUUGAAUGAACAGCUUGCUGGUAAAUUUGGAACUGAAGAAAUUUAGGUGAAGGAGUUCCAGAAAUCCUCCAUAGAUGGCUGGAUCACGUUGCUUGCCAAGAAAAGAAUUCUCUGGUUGCUUUUGGAUUGAAUGUGUUUUGAUUCAAGCUGUACGUUUUUUUUUUUUUUGCUUGUGGGUGAGAUUUGUGCACUAGGAAUGUAGUGCAGUUUGAGUUGUCACUUGUCGUUCAUUUUGUGUAUACUGUUAUACCAGGAGUGUUAAUUUUAUGCUCUGGGGGUUUUAAGUUGUAUGAUCUUGAAAUGGUUCUGGCCUA